GUUCCGCUCAAAGCUGACCAUGCAUACAGCAUAUGAUCGCAAGGAUAAUGCCGAACCAGCUAGCAUAACAGCGUUAACGGUAUCCAAAGAUCACAAAAUUCUAUAUGUCGGUGAUGCACGCGGUCGCAUAUUUUCGUGGAGCGUUACAGAGCAACCAGGUCGUGGAGUGGCCGAUCAUUGGCUGAAAGAUGAGGGUGCCGAUCAGUGUGUCAAAUGUCAUGUCAAGUUUACACUUUAUGAGAGGAAACACCAUUGUCGCAAUUGUGGUCAAGUUUUCUGCAACAAGUGCAGUCGGUUCGAGUCGGAAAUAUCACGCCUUCGAAUACUAAAGCCAGUUAGGGUGUGUCAAGCGUGUUACAGUCAACUGCGAUCGAAUUCGGUGGACAACUAGAUAAAUCUAAUGGAAUGUCGAAUACCCAUUCGAAAACUAAUCAUAUAACUGUUUUUAUUUGUAACUGUGGAACGUAGUUAGGUUUAAAACAUUUAUUUAGUUUUUCGAUCCAAUAAUUAUUCAAACUAGUUAAGCUAAUUUCAACCAAAGGCUGUUAAAUGAUUUUAUACUUUAUUUUGUAUAGUUUAACUCGAAUUUUUUAUGUACACCGACAAAGUUUGCAAUAUAAUUUAUAUAUUUAUUUAAAACUAUUUAUUAAACACCAAGCUAUAAAUAAUAAAUUUUAAUUAUGUAUGGGAAGCAUUGACAAUUUAUAGUUAUGUAAAAGAUAUGUAAAAUUCUAUAGAUAUUGAUCAAAGUAUGUAUUGGCCAGGGCACAAAAAUGGAAAUCAAAACCUAAUGUUUCCGGUAUUGAUGUGCAGGCAGCAGUCAACCCACAACAGCUAAAUCAAUAAUUAUCAAACCAAGCACCGCCAGUAAUAUCAAUUAAAUAAAUAACUUGAACACUUUAUUAGUAAAUAAAACCAAACACAUCACGAAGGAUGUCUCCGCACCUUUUGCGGGGACUAAACACGUCUUAGAACACAACACUACAACCUCACAUUAAACUAAAGGCAAGUAGAUUUUCUCAAGAUUACUUUUAAAUACUAAGAGCAAUGCAAAUAAUGUAAUUAAUGGAUCAUAAAUUGUAAAAGCAAUAAUUUAAAUUGCAAUUAAAUAUAUACUUCAACUUUCUAAAAAAUACUUUCCCAACUUGUAACAGUUUCAGUUUCGAGCUUUAAACCAUUCAAUUCCUUCCAUGAAUUACGACAAGAACACCUAAAUGUUUCAAUAUUGUAAAUAAAAAAGUAAAAAACAACAAUGAGAAUCUAUAAUAAUAAGACAAAAGAAAUUAGAUAAAUAUAUCGGUAGCCAAGGUAGAAAAACAUUCCGUAUUUUGUAGAGAAUCUACAUGUUGCAUUGAUAAUAAUUUACAAAAAUUACAUAUGUACGGGUGACAGGUGACAGUGCAAUUGCAAUUUCAAUCUGUCCGGUCUGUUAAAAAAACUCCCGGUCUUUAUUAUGGAAUAAUCACCGAAGCCAGAGCAUAAGUUACUUUAUAUUCCCUACAAACGUUUCACUGAACUAUACAGCUCAAAGUCUUCAAUUAUGUUACAUUUCAGUGCAGUGAGAAGUGUUAUAAAGAAAGUCAUUUAAAUGCAGCACGAGAGAACAACAAAAAAAAUACAAGAGCAAGCUAUAUUAGAACCCGAUUCCAGUAUUAAAGCGUUAGAAACUGCGUUCAGCCCCUUACAAAAUCGAGUUAGUUUAUGUUUUGGAACAAAUGUGUUUAUAUUCUGACUCAUACUUACUGUUUCCUUUUACCAAAUAAUGCUGGGCAACUGUGUUUUUGGAGCAGAAGACUUAUUUUGUUGUGAGUUAUAAUUCAUUCAAACUGAAAACACUAUACUUAAAAUAUUUUUUUUUUGGUUUUGCAUACAUUUACUGCACAAUAAAAUCUAGCAUGUUAACCGAAGAGAACUACCAACGAUAUUGAACGCAGGUUCUAACAACGCUGAAAACGGGCCAAACUUAACUACCUACAUAAAUUACUAAAAAAAAAAAAAAUAAAAAUAUAUAUUUAUUGUUAGUGUGUGAGAUAGAAAGCAUAAAUAUAACGGCAUGCAAAGUUUAAAAAAUACAAUUUAAUAAAUGAGCUAUGUUAACAA